AGAGACUCCAGUAGCAGCUAAAUCUUCCUCUCCUGAAACUCGGUCAUUUUCCGCAUCUGAAUCAAACAUGGCCACCGUGUCUUGGACAUGGAGCAUACUCGCACUGCUUGUGCUCGCACAUCUCCUGCGACAAUGGGCAUUGAAAAGCUGGAACAAGAAUAGAAAAUUACCACCUGGCCCAAGAGGGUUCCCCAUCUUUGGGAGCCUUCAUAGUUUGGGGGAAUUCCCUCAUCGAAAUCUACAGCGACUAGCCCAGAAAUAUGGCCCCAUCAUGCACUUGCGCUUAGGUUUGGUGCCUGCUAUUGUUGUCUCCUCGCCUCAAGCUGCCGAGCAGUUCCUUAAAGCACACGACCUUGUGUUUGCUAGUAGACCACCUAUGGAGUCUGCAAAGCACAUCGCUUAUGAGCAAAGGAGCAUGAUCUUUGCUCCGUACGGCUCUUAUUGGCGUAACAUACGCAAGAUGUGCACACUCGAAAUGCUUAGCAACGUUAAAAUCGAUUCUUUCAAAUCCAUGAGAAAUGAAGAGAUUGGCCUACUGGUGAAGGUUAUUCAAGAGGCCGCCAGUAAUUGUGUUGCUGUAGAUCUGAGUGCCAAGGUUACAUCUCUGAAUGCGGAUAUGUCAUGCCGUAUGGUGUUUGGGAAGAAGUACGAGGACAAAGAUCUUGAUGAAAAGGGAUUCAAGGCUGUAAUCCACGAGGCUAUGUAUCUAGGAGCAGUUCCUAACCUCGGCGAUUAUAUUCCUUGUAUUCGUCCCUUUGAUCUUCAGGGGCUGACACGACGCAUGAAGGCUGUUAGUAAGAUCUUUGAUAAUUUUUUUGAGAAGAUCAUUGAUGAGCAUAUCCAGUCCAAGGAUGAAAAUAAGACCAACGACGACUUUGUUGAUGUCAUGCUGAGGCUCAUGGGAUCAAAAGAAUCUGAGUACUCUAUUGAAAGGUCCAACAUCAAAGCCAUCAUUUUGGACAUGCUUGCAGCCUCGAUGGACACUUCGGCAACGGCAAUUGAAUGGGCACUCUCAGAACUAAUGAAGCAUCCACGGGUAAUGAAGAAGCUUCAAAAGGAGUUAGAAACUGAGGUUGGCUUGAAGAGGAUGGUAGAGGAAGCAGACUUGGAUAGAUUGGAUUACUUGAGCAUGGUUGUAAAGGAAACCUUCAGGCUACAUCCAGUAGCACCACUUUUGCUUCCUCAUGAGGCCAGGGAAGAUUUCACAGUUAACGGUUUCCACAUACCCGGAAAGUCUAGAGUCAUGAUAAACGUAUGGGCAAUCGGGAGAGAUCCGAGUGUUUGGAGUGAUGCAGAAAAGUUCUUCCCGGAGAGGUUUGUUGGGAGUAACAUAGAUCUCAGGGGACGUGACUUCCAACUAAUUCCAUUUGGUGCUGGCAGAAGAGGCUGCCCAGGGAUGCAAAUGGGUCUGAUUGUGGUUCGGGUAGUGAUAGCACAACUUGUGCAUUGCUUUGAUUGGGACCUUCCAGAUAACAUACAGCCAACUGAGUUGGAUAUGACUGAGGUGUUUGGUCUUACUGUUCCUAGAGCCAAGCAUCUACUUGCCAUUCCUCGUUAUCGCCUUCACCAUUGACAAAUUUAUAUUCUCUCUAUUUUUGGUCGCUGAUUUCUGCACGUGGAAUGCGUAGAUUUGUAUGCGCGGGAAUAAUUUAUUUUUGUAGAAAAAAAUAGUAUAUGUAACUAAGUUUGCUUGAAUUCACUAUGUAAUGAAUAAAAUCUAAGUGUCAACAUUAGCACCUUGACUUACAAA